AACCUUCCCCUCUUUUCUCAGCAGUAGGAUCGUUUAGUUGACUAGACAAAGAAAGUAUAAACAAAUAAUAGUCAGACAACUGAAACAUCUGAGGAAAAAAACAAUCAUCACAUGGAAAAACAAUUUAACGCACACACAUACACGCACACGUACACACACACACACAGAAACACACAAACACAAAGAUUCUUCUCAUUGGCAAAAUAUAUAAAAUCGCAGAUUUUCUUGUCAGUCAUUAUUUUCAUUUUGAAAACAUCAUUCACUUAUCAGAUUCGUCUAAAUCGUUACUUUGACUGUAUGCAUAGGCAAACAGACAACAAAAAAGAGUUGCCUUUGAAAAAAAAACUGAAGACAGCUGUUAAUCAUCACCCCCUUCUUUUUCUCUAGAUAAUUGUCGAUUUAAUUUAGUUUUAAUUGUUGAAUUCCAUCACCAAGCAGUAGAUUGGAUAAUUCGACAGACAACGGGCAAUGAGGAAACAGGCAUAAAAUGAACUCACACAAAAAACUUGGAAG